AUGUUACCGUUCGUAAUAGCUUCCUUGGCCUCUCUGGCACUCGCUGAGAGCACUCCAUGGCCAUCAUUUGGCAACUGGACAGAGAAUGCUGGUGGCUACGACUACAUCCUUUCCGGACCUGCGAAGCUCGGGAAGAAGACCGACUUCGAGUUGGACAGAUGCCGAUACGUCUGGGACCUUAUCAACGACCGGACACAUUGCACCAAGAACCCACCACCUUCCGAGGCAGAGGAGUGCAUGAACAAGCUGUACGAACGGAAGACGGCCAUCGGGGACCAGGGCUUCCUCGACAUCUUCGAGCGGGACAUCAUAGAAGCCCGCCAGUUCUGGUACGAAAUCAACGACAAAUCGGACCUCGACCAGCCCGAGACCUGGAAUGCGGUCGAGGCCCGCGCCGUAGUCUCCCUUCCCAACGUCACCGCUUGGGCCUUCUCUGCGUGGUCGUCGUCCCCGCAAGCCGAUGCGGCUAACAACCGCGCCAACGCGGAGCACUACUUCAAGCACUCCGACUUCACCACCGGCAGCGGCGUCUCCCGGAUCCUCGAGGGCUGGGGCGGCACGAUCACCAACUUCACCAUACCCAACUACAGCCCUGCCCUGUGCGCGGAGAGACUCAUGGUCCGUCCUCUGCCCGAGUUCCUGGUCAAGGCCUGCGGGGACAAGAACUUGGUGGACGGCAAGGACACCAACUUCGGGGUGCUGAACAUCGCGGCGCGCGACGUGGAUGGCGCGGAGUUUGGUCAGUACGGGACGAGGGGAAUCGACAUUUACGCGUCGAUCUGGUACGGAAACGCCGUUUCGGAGGAGCAUCUUGAGGCUGAGCGGCAGCACGUCAUCAUCGAGAUUGUCAACAUGAGUCUGGAGGCCCAAAAGGACAUCGAGACCGGGGCGUUUGUCGUUCCUGCGCCCCCGACUUCCUAG